AUGCCAGCAAGACCUCCUGAUCCGUUUUUUCAUUGGGGCAGAAGGGAAGCAGUGGCUGUGGAACCAGAUCAGGGUCCAGUGUGCUUUGAAGAUGUCGCUGUUCGUUUCACGGACAAGGAGUGGGCCUUGCUGGAUCCUGACCAGAGAGCUCUGCAUAAGGACGUCAUGGAGGAGAAUUGUGGGAUCGUGGCCUCUCUUGAUUGUGAUGAAUUGGAAAUUGAGAACAAGGGUGACAACAUUAAAAUUCCCAGAGAGGAGAAGCCGUGUAAAAAUUUGGAGUGUGGAGGAAGCUACAGUCAGAGCUCC